ACCAAGGUAGGUUGCCUAGUGAUCCUAAGGAAGCUGAUGUGUUAUUCCCUCUUGCAAUCUAAGGAUCAGGAAGUUUGUGCUGUCUUCGUUGCUGAGAAGUUUUUCACUUAGUAGGACAGGGGUGGGGUGGAGGGAACAGGUGACCUCCUAAAAUAGAGCGCAAGCUCCAGCCUGCCUCCAGCCCUAAGCCAGGAGUAAUCUCAGGUUUAAAGUUUCUUGGAUUAAAUUAGGAAAUAAUCCCAAUUCAGUGCCAAAUAAGGAAUCGAACACAGGACUUUGCAGUUGCAAGGCAGGCGGUGGCACCACUAUAAUAAAUACUUUAAAGGAAAAACAGGUGAGAAUGACCACAUUAACUCACCGGACCCGUCGCACUGAAGUAAGCAAGAAUUCUGAAAAGAAGGUAGAAAGUGAGGAAGACACCAAUCAAGAGAGGAGUCUGGAUAAUGAAGAUUCUGGAGACUCUAAGGACAUCCGCCUCACUCUUAUGGAAGAAGUAUUGCUCCUGGGACUAAAAGAUAAGGAGGGUUACACAUCUUUCUGGAAUGACUGCAUAUCAUCUGGCCUGCGAGGAGGCAUCCUAAUAGAACUGGCCAUGCGGGGUCGAAUCUAUCUGGAACCCCCCACCCUUCGUAAGAAGCGCCUGCUAGACAGAAAGGUACUGCUGAAGUCAGAUAGCCCAACAGGUGAUGUGUUACUGGAUGAAACUCUCAAACACAUCAAAGCCACUGAACCCACAGAAACUGUCCAAACAUGGAUAGAACUCCUCACUGGUGAGACCUGGAACCCCUUCAAAUUACAGUACCAGCUGAGAAAUGUACGAGAGCGAAUUGCAAAGAACCUAGUAGAGAAGGGUAUUCUGACCACUGAGAAGCAGAAUUUCCUGCUGUUUGACAUGACUACCCAUCCAGUAACCAAUGUAACAGAGAAACAGCGACUAGUGAAAAAACUUCAAGAUAGUGUUCUAGAGCGGUGGGUAAACGACCCCCAGCGUAUGGACAGGCGAACACUGGCACUCCUGGUGCUGGCCCACUCUUCUGACAUACUAGAGAAUGUCUUCUCCUCUCUAACAGAUGACAAGUACGAUGUGGCAAUGAAUCGAGCCAAGGACCUAGUAGAACAGGACCCUGAAGUGGAGGGGACAAAGCACAGUGCCACAGAGAUGAUCUGGGCGGUACUGGCAGCCUUUAAUAAAUCCUAGAGCCGGCAGGUAGCUACCUUUUUCCCCUGCUGCCUGAUGACUGUUAGAGACCCAGUCACUGGGUUCGUGUGAUCAGAUUUCAUCUUUUGUUUUUUGUUUUUAACCUUCUCCUGAAUCAGAUUCAUGAUUUGGGAAGAGCAACUUUAGGGCUUCUCCAAAGACCUUGAAACCAUUAUAAGCAGACUAUUUGUCCCUCUCCUUCCACUCCAUACAUGAAUAAACUAGGUGAACCCACACACACCCAAUAAACAUUUUCUCCCAUUUCUUGUUUUAGUUUCUUCCACUGUGCUUUUGGAUUAAACAAGAAUAUAAAUAACUGGGAUUUGGAGUUCUCAAGCAAUAGAAUGUGAAUGAGAUGAAAAGCAAACCAUUUAUUAUACUUUUCUAAGCUUGUUUUCUAAAAUGCAUGUUUCACAGCCUUUAUCUCUUAGAUUCUGCUAAAAAAAAUUGUAGCUUAUUGAAACAACUAUCUUUUUAAAAGAGUAGCAAUGAAAACAAAACUAAUUUUUUGUUGUUGUUGUUUUUUGAGACAGGGUCUCCCUUUGUAGUUCAGGCUGACUCUGAACUUAGCUGUGUAGCCCUGGCUGGCUUCAAACUCAAGGUGAUCCUCCUGCCUCAGCCUCCAGAGUGCUGGGAUUACAGGCAUGCGCCACCACACCUGGCUCCAAAACUAAUUUUUGAAGCAGAUAAUUCCUGGAAUUGUAAAUCCUGCUAAAGAGUUUCUCAUCUGACCUUUUCUAACCUAAUAAAAUGUCCCAGAUUUGAUUACAGGGAUUCCACAGUCCUAGACCCAGAAAUAUAUUCUAUACUCCUUCCUAACGUUAUUCUGGUCCCUUACUCGUUAAGAGAAAACUCUAAAUGGAAAAAAAUGUAUCUUAACUGCCUCCUUGAUGCAGUCUGCAUUAGAACUUGUAGGGAAGGGAGAUGCCGUAAGAAUUUCCAUCUUUGAACACAAGACUGCCCUGUCCCUCCUGACUACUUAAAUGUCUCCUCUGAGACUGAACGGAGGACAGGAGUCAGCUGCUGGAUACCAGCAUCCAAGUCCAGACAACAGAUCCUACUCCAUAUCUUCUUCCCUACAUAAACUGGUAAGUUCUACCUAUACUGAAGGAUUCUUGGAGUAGUUUUGUCUAUAUUUAAUACACAGCCUCCUAAUCAUCAGUUUUAUUUCAACACAAUCAUCCUUCCAACUAAAUCUCUAAAAUGUUCCUCACUUCGGUAUUGAUGGUAAAUAGAGGCUUUAUUAAGAACAAAUGUUUUUUCCUUUUUUUUUUUUUUUGGAGACGGACUCACUAUGCAGUUCAGACUGGCCUUGAACUCACUGUGUAGCCCAGGCUAGCCUGAAACUCGGCAGUCCUCCUGCCUCAGUCUCCCAGUGCUGCAAUUACAGUCAUGUGCCACCACGCCCAGCAGAAAAAAUUCUUUGUAGAGUAGCAAAUUGGUGUCCAAAGCAUAUUGAUUGAUAUAAAAUCUAGUACUGUGGAAUAUGAAGAGGAAGCACUUAGUUGCACUAAUAUCAGACAUUUGUCAUAUUUUCAUGCUUGUUGACCACUACAGAGAAACAAGCUGUCAAAAGGCUACAGAUGACUCAGACCUGAUAUCAGAUCCUCCAGAUCAGAAAUAAUCAUAUGAUUAUAAUUUCAUAUCCUCCCCUAAACCUACAUAGCCCCACAAAAAUCCCCCAACUCAACAUACUUUUGUUUUCACUUCAGAUUUUGCGGGGGGGGGGGGGGUACUGGGGAUCAAACUCGGGUCCUUCCACUUGUGAGGCAGGCGCUGGAACCACUGACCUAAAUCCCUAGCCCCUUGCUUCAGAUUUUUCAAAGGUAAACAGAAGUGGGACAUGGUGGCAUGCGCCUGUAAUCCCAGCACUCAGAAGGCUGAGGCAAGAGGAACCCUGAAAGUUCAAGGUCAGCCUGGGCUACUUAGUUCAAAAUCAGCCUGUAUUACAUAGACCCUGUCUCAAGAAGAAGAAGAAAAAUCAGAGGUGAAGGAGAUAUACUCAAAAGUUAUAAUGUGAAAAAUUCUAAGAGGAGAAUAAAAAUUCACUCUUGUCUCUGUAAAUGUGCAAAAGCUGGUCCAGGUGUGAUCUCUGCCCAACUUUGCUUUUCUUUCCAUUUGAACAAUCAGCAUGAAUUGAAACCAGGUUUUCCUGUGUUCCAGCUUGAUUGGGGGACAGAAGUUGAGUUCUUUCUUGCAACUUUUACCCAGUGUUUAUUUUUUUUAUGUUGUAUCUCAGUAGGACAUCUUCAGUUUAAGUCUACAUAAUGUUCAUGCCAAAUAUACCUUCUCAUUUAAUGCAUAUGGCCUUUAUGUUUCUGUGUAAUAAAGUCAGUUAUUGUCUCUGUGCACAA